UUGAUGGUGAAACAGAAACCGGAAGUUGUGAAUGUUGAGCGCUUGGGUGACCCUCAGCUUGUUUGGUUUUUUUGACAGCGGUGAUCAGACAUGGGAGUGAAAAUAGAAAUAUUUCGGAUGAUGGUGUAUCUCUCCUUUCCGGUGACGAUGUUCUGGAUUUCCAACCAAGCAGAAUACUUCGAGGAGUAUAUAGUGAAGAGAAAGAGAGAGAUUUUUCCACCUGAUGAGAAAAUGCAGAGGAAAGAGCUGGAGGAGUUUAAGGAGCGCAUGAGAAUUCGGAAAGAGCAGAAGAUGCUGAAAAAGCUGGCCAUGGAGACUGAAAACUGAGAAGAAGAAAGAAGGACCAAACCGAGAGAGAGAGAGAGAGAGAGAGACACUCUGUCGAACCCAGUGUUAAACGCUCUGAGGGAUGUACAUGGAGUGUAUUUGGUGAAAAGAAAGGAAAUGUGCAGUUUUGUAUAUAAAUAUAAAUGCUUUCAUAAUACUGAAUCAAUGCAAAUGAUGAAUCUUGUAAAUCAGAACGUUCCAAAUGCAUUUUAAGACUUGACUUGAAGUCGUUGCUGGAUAAUGGGUUAUUUAUUUUUUUUAUAAAUAAAAAAAUACAUUGAUUUGUUUUUUUGUUAACAAGUUUGCCUCAUGUUCAUUAAAAGUUUCUCAACAUAA